CAACAAUCAUCAUUAUUUAUAGGAUAAUCGUUUAGAAACGCACUUAAAUCUCGAUCAUAAUCCGUUAAUCCCUUAAUCUGGGAUUAGGCUAUAUCGAUCAAAAAUUCAAAUGUUGAAGCCAUCAAGGAUCAGGGGGAUAUGAGGAUACUUGAAACUGCCAUAACAAUCACUUGAGGACAAUUGAAAAAGGAACGAUUAGCACAAUUCAAACUUGGUCUAUACGCCAUAAAAAGAGAAAAUAAAAUGGACACUAUAUGUUAGUGAUAUCCCGUAGUGUCUAAAUGAUGUGACAAAAGUUAAAACUUUAAAUCUGAACUUUCAAAAGUCAUAAUCAUAUAUAUCAAACGCUAAUCUAAGUGCGUGACAUUUGAAAAAGUAUCCAAAAAUGCCAAAUGACUAAGUUACGUAUUCCUGACACGCAAGUCAACUAUUUAUUGUUCAUAAUAAGGUUUUCGCAGAUAAACAUCCAGGAUGCCUAUGAUAUAUACGAGACGGGACUUCAUUCUGAGGGAGAAGGCAAUGCAAACUGCGAAGAGUACGAAGGACAGUGGAUACGGAAGAUGUUUGCUCCGAACGAAUGUCCAGGAACAAAGAAUGCUGAGGACGCAGCUUCGGGUCAUGGAUAAAGAGAUGCACAGAAAACAAAUGCACAUAAACCAACAAAAGAAACAAUUUAUGCAACUGCGCAAGAAACAGCACCAUGAACCUACACUCAUUGUUGAACGGCCACCAUCCCCAGAUCAAUAUCAUUAUGGAUACGAAGACGAUUGGGAUGAGGACCAGUACUAUACCACUUAUCCAUCCCAUAAUUUCAAAGGACCUGGCUAUAUGCAACCGUUGAAAACACGCGCUAAAACACCAGUUGAUUUCCCAACUAUUGAUGCAUUUUCCGUCCAAGUGAAAAAGAAGAAAAAUGUAUGGGAAGAGGCACUUGAUGAAACCACCACUCCUUCAUUUAGAAAAACGGGCAUUUGCUCCCCGCCUCUCACUGAGGAAGAACGGGUUGACCUCUAUAGGGGCUGGUUGCUCCAUAAGCCAGAGUCACGACAAAAAGCGAAACAACAGACUCGCACACCAAUGUACAACACGCAGUUUGACGUUAAAUCGGCUAUAAAACUGAUCGAAAAACGACUGUAUGGAUCGGAUUAUGAGAGUAGCACUCUAUCUAGACCAACCACACCAUUUUUAACACUUCAAGACAAUGAGAAAAGGCCUACCAAUAUAAAGAAAAAGACAGUGACAUUUUCAACCCCUGGGGUCAAAUCUGCAAAUAGUACCUCCCGUGCCAAUAGUACUAACACUAACAAGUACACACCAGUUCUUGCCGAGUACAAACCUAAAAGCUCACAUACACCUAACUUGCCAGAUAGUGUCUCUCAUAGCCCCAAUGACCAUGUGUCAGGCCAGUCAAGUCAAGCUUCCCAUUUGCCACGGUUGAACAAGGAAUCUGGGAAGCGAAGGACACCUAGCUCAACAAUGACAGCGUCGUAUCCGUUGAGUGCAACAUCAGUAAGAGCACCACCAAAGUCUAUGAGACGCUCAAUUACUACUUUAUAAACAUUGUAUUUUACAAUUUUUCAAUUUAUACAAGUACAUGUAUAAUUUCUUCCGGACGAGAUUAUUUGACGCCUUGAGCUUAUACGAAUGAAAAGCAUGUAGAAAUAACUGUCUCCCAUUUUUCAGUAUAGACCACUGGGCAAUUAUUUGAGAACACGUUUACAACCAGGAAACAAACGUCAGAAUGUUGUUUUGCCAAUGACUGAAUGUACCAUGAGAGCAAAUAUGAGAAUCUUCGGUUGUACUAUAUGAACUAUGAAUUUGGUGCUUAAAUGAUCUUUAUAAAUAGCCCAGUCUUGCACAAUCCAAACAUUGUUGGAUUAUUAAAAACACUAAUUUGUAAAUACAGUUUGGCACAUUUUGAUUCAAGAAGGUCCAUUUGAAUGACCUAAAUUAUAAGUGAAAACGCCAAACCAUCUUCACUAUUUUUAUUGAAUCAAACGCUUUUUUAAAACAUGCUUUAACACCUUUCCAAUGGGGAUAUUCAAACGUGCUAUUCCCGGGGUGCUAUUACUGGAUCAUAUCUCUAAGAACGA